AUGGAGUUGCAGUCCAAAUGCUGCCACGAUAAAGCGGUCCUGUUGUACGAAUACGUGGGAAAGAGGGUUGUAGAUCUCCAGCACACUGAGGUCCCAGAUACCUACAGGGGCAGAGGAAUCGCAAAACACCUGGCCAAGGCUGCCUUGGAUUUUGUGGUGGAGGAAGAUUUGAAAGCUCACCUGACAUGUUGGUAUAUCCAGAAAUACGUCAAGGAGAAUCCGCUGCCCCAGUAUCUGGAACGUUUACAGUCUUAA